AUGCCGAAAAGUACAACGGAAGACUAUACGAGAUCCAGUGAAAAACAUAGAAGUUUAAGCAGAAGUACUGCAGGAUUUCAGGUCCCUCUCCACUUCGCCAUCCACAAGCCAGGAUGUCACUUCGAGAGCUGCUGCGGCAUCUGCAACCUGUUCCCAGGUGUACUCUUGAUAGCCUUCUCCCAAGUUCUGGUGGGGUCCAUCCUACUGACCCUCAUCUUGACCCACGGACCACAGUAUGAUGAAAUGCAUAUGACGCCUACUACUCAGUUUAUAAGUCUCGCAACGGGAAUUGUUUUAAGUGGCAUCACUGGUGCGGGGGUACUACUUAUAGUAGUUGCGUUGACGGAGAACUGCAGAGCUAUGCUGGUGUACCUGCUUGUGGCGACGAUCGUCUGGUUGGGUCUGGUGUCAUUAGCCGUCACCAAGAUCGGACGAGCUUGUAUCAGGUUCAAAGAUGCUCCAAAAAUAAAAGCUGAAGAGCACAGACUUGCGAACUUAGCUUGUGUUACUGGACUCCUAACGUUUCUGGGCGCCGUUCUAUACUUCUUCUCAAUCGUGGUGGUGUUCAGUUUCUACCACUUCCGAUAUGUUCGAAGAGCUAUACUCCUCCACGAGAAUGAAUGUGAAUGA